AUGAAAGGAACAAAAUAUAUUUCUUUCAAUUUUCCUAUUAACACCAAGUACGAGAAGUACGAGCUCGUACUUAGGCCUCGUACUCGUACUUUUCACUUUUUUUUGGCCUCGUACUCGUACUCGUACUUCGUACCUGCCCAAUUUUUUUGCUCGUACUCGUACUCGUACUUCGUACCAGGUACGAGUACGAGUACGAGGUACGAGUACGAAUUUUGGUACGAGCUUCGAAGCACUGAUCAUAACCCCUAG